AUGAGCAACUCAGGGCUCGCGUGCUUGUUUGACGCGCACGCGCUUCAAUGGCGGCUCGUGAAGCUGCGACACGGGGACGCGUGCGCCCGGCGCUGCAGGUGCCAUGAUGACUUUUUGAAAGAGGCGCGCUGGCCGCCGCGGCCGAAACUGUGGACCACGGACGACCCGCCGCGCCUUGACAUGGAAGGCCCGCCGCGCGCGGAGACCUGGGCAAGGAAUUCUGACUCCUCCCCCUCCCACCCGCCACCUCCAUCCUCGCCACCAGCACCACUCGCAGGCGCAGCCGAGGCAGAUGUGCGCGCAGCAGCAGCGGAAGCGGCGGCGGCGGCGGCGGCAGCAGCAGCAGCAGCAGCAGCAGCAGCAGCAGCAGCAGCAGCAGCAGCAGCAGCAGCAGCAGCAGCAGCAGAGGGGCGGCAUGCAGCGCCGUUCCUAGUGGACGAGCUGAUGGGCAUGGAGCAGCUGAGGCGCGUGACGGUGAUGUGCGACUGGGGGUACUACGAUUGCAACUACGGCUGCCACGACCCUGAAUCGUCCCGCCCCUUCAUCGACCCGCAUCAUGUCUCGCCCCUUCCGCUCCCCGUUGCCUUGCGCACGCGACUCGAGCAGCUGCUGUCGCCGCGAAAUCAGCAGCGCGUGAGCGCGCUGCACAUGCCCGUGACAACCGGCAGAUACUCAGGCCGCGCGUGGCAUAUUGGGGAAAUGAUGGGCUUGGCGCGCUCUUGCGUGAACCUGUGGUCGCUGCACCUUGUUUAUGAGCUGCCGUCUAGUGCCUCGUGCCCGAUUCACCUGAAAAAGCUCUGUGAUUGGGGAUGGAACAAGCACGCUCAGGCGGAGCAGAUGAGGCAGCUUAUAACGACUUGUCCGCAUCUACGCUCACUGCACUUCGUCCUCUGUAGCAACAACUACCUCACAAUGAGUGAAGAAGUAGCUGCCUUGCUCUCCCGUCUCGCCCACCUCUCGCUCCCGCUCUUCGACCUCCCGCCUUAUCUCCUUCCCCACCUCUCCUCCCUCCGCUCCCUCCGUCUCUCCCUCUCUGCUCCCCACCACCCUCUCCUCCUCUCCGGUCGCCCCUUCCACUCUCUCUCCCGCCUCUCCCUCCUCCACCUCUCCCUUGGAACCCCCACCACCCCCCUUUUCGAGCCUCUCUCGCCGGACCUGUUUGCUGGGCUCGGACCGACCCUGUCGUCUUUAACGUUCCUAGUGUGUGCAAAGCCGACAGGGGGGGAAGAGAUGAGGAGGAAAAGGCGUGGUGUGACGGCGCAGGAAAAAAGGGGUGGGGGUGGGGGGAUGGGGGAGAGUGAAGGAGGUAACGGCGAGCGGAAGGGAGGAGGAAGAGGGGAGGAGGAGGAGGAGGAGGGUGGCGGAUGGGUGGGGGAUCGGUGGGGUGGGGAGGACGAGGUGGUGUGGUGGCUGCCUGCCUCGCUGUGGUCGCUCACGCGCCUGCAGCAGCUCACCACCAACGUGGGAGGCGAGUGGCACUGCACGGGCCUCAACGCCCUCUUUGCCCCCCACGCCUCCCUCUCCUCUUCCUGCCGCUGCUGCUGUUCCUCCAGCAGCGACGAUUCUACACACCCCCACCAGCGGCACCAUCAAUGCCUUGCUGCCCUCUCCAACCUGACCUCUCUUUCUCUCCUCGCUCACCGCACCUUCCCUCCCUGCCUCUCCUCCCUCUCCUCCCUCACUCUCCUCACCAUCCCCCUCGCCUCCCCUCUCCAAUCCCCCGCUUCUCUCGCUCUCUUCACCCAGUGGCCCCGUUUGUCUCAUCUGCACGUGAAUGGUGAGGGUCCCGCCAAUCCAACCUUCUGCUACACCAAAAAUGCAACUGGUCUCGCCGAACCUCCCACAAGCCCCGAAGCAACCCCUUCGUCAGACUCCCUCCGCCACGUCACUCUCACGGGGACAGCUGGCGUCAUCCCAUUGGCAGUGUGGGGCCGGCUGUGCCCUCAGCUGCAGUCCCUCAAGAUCCAAGGCUCGCCCCUCGUGGCUGUACAAGGAUGGGGGGGGGCAUUGGGGGAGGCGAAAGGGGAGGGGGAUGUGGGGAAGGGCGCAUGUGGUGGAGCGGAUAAGCUACCUGCGUGUUUCUUUCCUUUUCUUGAGGAGCUUGUGUUGGUCAACGUGAGAAACCAUGCAUGUUCUCACUCAGGGCAAGGGCCCUCAAGACCAGAGGAUACUGGCCCGCAGCGGCAGCAGCAGCAGCAGCCGCAGCAGCAGCCGCAGCAGCAGCCGCAGCCGCAGCAUACGCUCGCAUUCAUGGUGGGGUCCUACCCGCACUCCUCGCGCUUCCUCGCGUCGCUCGCCCUCUUCCCCGCCCUCACUGCCCUCCGCAUCUUCAACCUCUCCAUGCACAACUACCACUCCGCCCUCUCCUGCCCUCCCCACCUCACAUCGCUCCAAAUCUGCCACUCCCACACUCCCUUCCUCCCCGACUGCCUCCGCCUCUUCUCCUCCCUCACUCGCCUCCACCUCUUUCAGUGUAUGCCGCUCCGCGCCCUCCCCUCCUUCCUCUCGACCUUUUCCUCCCUCACCCACUUCUCCUUCGACCGUGGCUGCAACCCUGUUGUGGUGCCCCUGGAGCUUGAAGGGUACCUGCAGGGGAAAGGGUGGGUGCGAGAGAAGGAGGAGGAGCAGAAAAGGAACGGGCAUCAAGGGAGGAAACCGAAGACAGAAUGGGAGAUUGAGGAGGAGAGGAAGAGAAAGAUGAUAAUUCAGAGUGUGUUUGAGGGAUCGGUGUUGAGUGAAGAGCAGAAGAAGGAGCAGAGGGAGUGGUGGAGGCAGGUGGGGAGGAAGGCGGAAGAGCAGUGGGAGUGGAGUGAGGUUGUAGGAGAGGGGCAGGACGAGCAGCAGCAGCAGGAGGAGGAAGAGCGUCGGCAGGAGGAGGAAGAGCGUCGGCAGGAGGAGGAAGAGCGUCGGCAGGAGGAGGAAGAGCGUCGGCAGGAGGAGGAAGAGCGUCGGCAGGAGGAGGAAGAACGGCGGCAGGAGGCGGAGCAGGGAGGCGAGUUGGUGCAAGGGGUACAGGAGGUGAAGGUGAGAGGCUCAUGCAAGGACGCGGGUGACUACAAUCAUGAUUCGCACGACCAACCGAACUUAAAACCAGAGAAACUUCCAGUAGGGGUGUUACAGCAUCCAAAGAACAGCGGAAUCAGCAACAGUGAUGACAGCAGCACUCCCAACGGUACACAGCUGUUGCAGCUGCCAUGGGAGGUGCUGCAAAGCGUGGUGCAGCGGGUGCAGAGUCCUGUGGAGCAGGCGAGAGUGAGACUGGUGUGCCGCGAGUGGCACCACUGCUGCCGCCUCCACACCUCCUGCUUCGCCCUCGCCCUCCACCCCCUCACGCUCGCCUGGCUGCCCAUCCCCCUGCUCCACCCCCCUCCCUCCACUUCUUCCUCCUCCAAGCCUGUUUGCAGCAGUCCCAGCAGGAUAAGCCACCACGAGACGACAGCAGCAGCAGCAGCAGCAGGUCUCAACGGUUCUCCUCUCUUCUCCUCCGCGUGGCUCCCCUCCGUUUCUCCCUUCUGGGUCAUGCACUCCUACCCCACCUCCCCCUUCUCCCUGCUCCCCUCCUCCCACCCUCCCUUCACCCUCCCCCCUCCCAUCACCCCCUGCUCCCUCUCCACCUGCUUCACCCACUAUCUAAGCGCCGAGGAACACCUCUCCCCCAUCUGGUUCUCCUCGCUCCCCUCCCCCGCCUCCCUCGCCCACACCCUCGCCCACUACCCCAACCUCUCUACGCUCGCCCUUCCCCUCGUCUCCACCACGACCCGCCCCCUCCGCCCCUCUCAUCUGCGCUCUCUGCUCGCUGCUGCUGCCGCUCUCCCUGCUCUCACCUCCCUCUCCUUGCUCCUAGAGCCCGGUUUUCUACCCGAAUACAGGUGGGGAAAUGGGCCGGAAGGCUGGCAGGACGGCUGGUGGGAGGCUGCUGGCACGGAGGCGAAUCAAGAGAUGGAGAGGGGGCUGUUUGCCGUGAUCAAGAGAUGCAGGGGACUCAACCAGCUGUGCGUUCAAGGGGAGACCCUCACAGACCGACUCAAACUCCCCGACUCUCUCUUCCUCCGCUGCCCGCAACUCACCGCCCUCUCCCUCUCUCUCUCCCGCCUUCCCUCCUCCCUCCUCCUCCUCUCGCACCUCACCUCCCUCGCCCUCGCCCUCCCAGAAGACCCCAUGCCGCCCUGCCUCUCCCUCCACUCCCCCUUCGCCCACCUCUGCUCCCUCCGCUCGCUCUCUCUGUACGUGCCUAAGACCCUCCACCGCUACUACCUUCCUGAGGACGGCAGCAGCUGGAGUAGCGUGUCUGGCGACCUGCUGCUGGGUCUGCCCUCCUGCCUCUCCGCCCUCUCCCUGCACCUCCCCGUCUUCACCAUGCCCUCUUCCUUCUCCUGCAUCACUUCCCUCACUCGCCUCGACUCCAACCUCUGGAUUCCGGGACUGGAUGAUGAUGACGAGGAGGAGGAGAAAGAGGAGGAGGAGGAGGGGGAGGAAGAGGAGGAAGGGGUGGGAGAGGAUGAUGGUGAUGAUGGUGAUGAGGAGGAGGAGGAGCAAAGCAAUGGGUUUGCCAAUGCAGGUGUUGCCUCGAGACUUACUGAAGAGAGACUGCUGCCUCUCUGCAACCUCACCUCCCUCUCUCUCUCCCACUACCAAUUCUUCCCCUCUCUCAUUCCCCACCUCACCCGCCUCACCUCGCUCUCCCUCCCAUCCCUCCACUGCGCAAACGACCUCUCUCGUCUCACUCGCCUGGAGGACCUUUUCCUCGCCUGCAACAGCCGCUGCGACAGCUCCAACUCACCCUGCCUGCCCCACCUGCCCCGCCUGCGUCGCCUGCGCGUGCAAUGCCCCGAUCAUCCCAUGUACGUCGCUCGGUUCAUAGCGCGCGUGGCAGCAUCUCUGGAGCAGCUCGACGUGCGCGCCGACUGCAUCCGUUACUCCGAGGGGAAUCUUUGCGCGUGGCGCACAGACAGCGGUGAAUGGACGGCGCCUGUGUUUCCCAAGCUCAAGGUGCUGCAGCUGCUCGGCAACUCAGGCCCCUCUUCCCACGUCGACAUGGAUCUCUUCCCUGCCCUGGAGCACAUGGCACUCGCUGGCAGCCGAUAUGUGUCCUGGAAGGUGGAGAGUGGCUGCUCUGCCAACCUGCGCUUCCUGCACUUGGACUGUGCAAGGCUGUCGGGAUAUGACAGUGACCGUCAGCUGACGCAGCUGACGGCGCUCACCACUCUGGUGGUGGACAACGCUGACUGCCGGGACUUCCUUGCAUGCCUCUCCUGCUUCUCCUCGCUGCACACCCUCCGCCUCUCCAACAUCACCAGAGGCUGCUCCCAGCCCUAUCUCACGUGCCCGCCUCACCUCGCCACGCUUCAAAUCUGCCGCUGCGACCUGCCGCACCUCCCAUCCUCGCUGCUCAAAUUCUCCCGCCUCACUCGUCUCGACCUCCUCCACUGGCGCCGCUUGCACUCUCUCCCGCCUUUCCUCUCCCAGUUCACGUUGCUCCGUCAUUUCAGAGUCACUUGCGAUGGCCCCAUGCCCCACGUGCCUCCAUGCCUGGAGGACUUUCUCAAAGGGAAGGAAUGGUACGAGCAUUCGGCCUGUGAUGGGAGCUUUGACAGCUGA